AUGGUGACGACACGUUCGCAGGAUAAAGGCCCCGAGCCACAGGCGGGCGACAAGCGCUCGCAUAGCAAAGCCGCCCCUGCUAAAGCCGAGUCGCCAGACCCCAAGCAGCAGAAGACCGAAUCAUCUGCGGCUACUGAAGCUGUUGAAGGCGGAGGUCAUAACGGAGAGGAGACAGCGGAUGCGAAAGAGACGACAUCGGACACCAAGAUUAGCGAACUGAUCUCAAAAUAUGGCGAGCUACCACUCAGCGAGACAGAUCUGCGCGAUCCAGAGAAGCCUACGCCGGAUACUGUGUUGGCAUUGCUGCUGAAUGCGAUGCUGUCCUCAACGAGGAUCUCGCAUUCCCUCGCUGCCAAGACUGUCGCGUUGGUGAUCAAGACCGGCUACCACAAAGUUGACGUCCUGAAGAAGAGCACUUGGCAGGAAAGAACCGAGGUGUUGACCGAGGGUGGCUACACGCACUACAGAGAGAAGACCGCGACGAUGAUGGGCGAUCUUGCUGCGUUAAUUGAAGAAAUAUACGACAGCGACCUAAACAGCAUUCUCGGGAUGGCAUCUGAGGACCCCGCCAAGAUCAGGGCAGAACUCAAGCACAUCAAGGGUUUAGGUGACGUCGGCAUCAACAUCUUCUUCGACACUGCACAGCAUAUCUGGCCUUGCCUAGCACCAUAUGUCGACCCGAGAAGCAUGAAGACGGCGAAAUAUAUUGGGAUCGGUGGUGAUGUGGAAACACUAUGGGAGGCCGUGUCCAAGAAACCCGACCAGAUGUGCAGACUAGCCGCGGCAUUGACGAAGGUGAGGCUGGACGCGGCGGAGAAAGAGUUUCAGGGUUGA